GGAUGCCUGGACCGCUAGGACUGCUAGGAGAACCACCAGGCCCAGAUGGACUGCUGGGUGAACCACCUGGUCCAGAAGGACUACUUGGGGAACCGCCAGGUCCAGAUGGACUGCUGGGUGAACCGCCAGGUCCAGAUGGACUGCUGGGUGAACCGCCAGAUCCAGAUGGACUGCUGGGUGAACCGCCAGGUCCAGAGGGACUGCUGGGUGAACCGCCAGGUCCAGAUGGACUGCUGGGUGAACCGCCAGGUCCAGAUGGACUGCUGGGUGAACCUCCAGGUCCAGAUGGACUGCUGGGUGAACCGCCAGGUCCAGAUGGACUGCUGGGUGAACCGCCAGGUUCAGAGGGACUGCUGGGUGAACCACCUGGUCCAGAUGGACUGCUCGGUGAACCUCCAGGUCCAGAUGGACUGCUGGGUGAACCACCAGGUCCAGAGGGACUGCUGGGUGAACCACCUGGACCAGAUGGGCUGCUGGGAGAACCUCCGGGUCCUGAAGGGCUGCUAGGAGAACCACCUGGUCCAGAUGGGUUGCUGGGCGAACCACCUGGUCCCGAAGGACUACUUGGGGAACCACCCGGUCCAGAUGGACUGCUGGGUGAACCGCCAGGUCCAGAUGGACUGCUGGGUGAACCACCUGGUCCAGAUGGACUGCUGGGUGAACCACCUGGUCCAGAUGGACUGCUGGGUGAACCUCCAGGUCCAGAUGGGCUACUUGGUGAACCUCCGGGACCUGAAGGGCUACUUGGUGAACCUCCGGGACCUGAAGGGCUGCUUGGUGAACCACCCGGUCCAGAUGGACCGCUAGGUGAUCCACUUGGUUUUCCUGGACACGGUUUUCCAGGUCUACCAGGUCUUCCAGGUCUACCAGGUCUUCCUGGUCGUCCAGGUCGACCCGGUCUGCCAGGACGGCCUGGCCUGCCUGGUCGUCCAUUGUUACCACGAUUACUAGGCGAACCUCCAGGUCCUGAAGGACUACUUGGAGAGCCACCAGGUCCAGAGGGACCGCUGGGCGAACCACCUGGUCCAGAUGGGGAGCCACCAGGUCCAGAGGGACCGCUAGGUGAACUGCCUGGUCCUGAUGGCCCACUUGGGGAACUGCCAGGUCCAGAUGGACUACUUGGAGAACCACCAGGUCCAGAGGGACCGCUGGGUGAACCACCUGGUCCAGAUGGACUACUUGGUGAACCACCAGGUCCAGAGGGACCGCUAGGCGAACCACCUGGUCUAGAUGGGGAGCUGCCAGGUCCAGAGGGACCGCUGGGCGAACCACCUGGGCCAGAUGGACUACUUGGCGAACCACCAGGUCCAGAUGGACCGCUGGGUGAACCACCUGGUCCAGAUGGACUACUUGGCGAACCACCAGGUCCAGAAGGACUACUUGGGGAACCACCUGGUCCAGAUGGAGAGCCACCAGGUCCAGAGGGACCGCUAGGCGAACCACCUGGUCCAGAUGGAGAGCCACCAGGUCCAGAGGGACCGCUAGGUGAACCGCCUGGUCCUGAUGGCCCACUUGGGGAACCGCCAGGUCCAGAUGGACUACUCGGGGAACCACCAGGUCCAGAGGGACCGCUGGGCGAACCACCUGGUCCAGAUGGAGAGCCACCAGGUCCAGAGGGACCGCUGGGCGAACCACCUGGUCCAGAUGGGGAGCCACCAGGUCCAGAGGGACCGCUAGGUGAACCGCCUGGUCCUGAUGGCCCACUUGGGGAACCGCCAGGUCCAGAUGGACUACUCGGGGAACCACCAGGUCCAGAGGGACCGCUGGGCGAACCACCUGGUCCAGAUGGGGAGCCACCAGGUCCAGAGGGACCGCUAGGUGAACCGCCUGGUCCUGAUGGCCCACUUGGGGAACCGCCAGGUCCAGAUGGACUACUCGGGGAACCACCAGGUCCAGAUGGAGAGCCGCCAGGUCCAGAGGGACCGCUGGGCGAACCGCCUGGUCCUGAUGGCCCACUUGGGGAACCGCCAGGUCCAGAUGGACUACUUGGAGAACCACCAGGUCCAGAGGGACCGCUGGGUGAACCACCUGGUCCAGAUGGACUACUUGGUGAACCACCAGGUCCAGAUGGACCGCUAGGCGAACCACCUGGUCCAGAUGGGGAGCUGCCAGGUCCAGAGGGACCGCUGGGCGAACCACCUGGGCCAGAUGGACUACUUGGCGAACCACCAGGUCCAGACGGACCGCUGGGUGAACCACCUGGUCCAGAUGGACUACUUGGCGAACCACCAGGUCCAGAAGGACUACUUGGGGAGCUACCAGGCCCAGAGGGACCGCUAGGUGAACCGCCUGGUCCUGAUGGCCCACUUGGGGAACCGCCAGGUCCAGAUGGACUACUCGGCGAACCACCAGGUCCAGACGGACCGCUGGGCGAACCACCUGGUCCAGAUGGGGAGCCGCCAGGUCCAGAGGGACCGCUGGGCGAACCACCAGGUCCAGAUGGACUACUUGGGGAACCGCCAGGUCCAGAGGGACCGCUGGGUGAACCACCUGGUCCAGAUGGGGAGCCGCCAGGUCCAGAGGGACCGCUAGGAGAACCACCUGGUCCAGAUGGGUUGCUGGGCGAACCACCUGGUCCCGAAGGACUACUUGGGGAACCACCUGGUCCCGAAGGACUACUUGGGGAACCACCCGGUCCAGAUGGACUGCUGGGUGAACCGCCAGGUCCGGAAGGACUGCUGGGUGAACCACCUGGUCCAGAUGGACUACUGGGUGAACCGCCUGGUCCAGAGGGAUUACUGGGUGAACCUCCAGGUCCUGAUGGGCUACUUGGUGAACCUCCGGGACCUGAAGGGCUGCUUGGGGAACCACCUGGUCCAGAGGGACCGCUAGGUGAACCGCCUGGUCCAGAUGGACUACUUGGCGAACCACCAGGCCCCGAAGGACUACUUGGAGAGCUGCCUGGUCCAGGGGGACCGCUGGGUGAACCACCUGGGCCAGAUGGACUACUGGGUGAACCACCUGGUCCAGAAGGACUACUUGGAGAUCCGCCAGGUCCGGAAGGACUGCUGGGUGAACCACCUGGUCCAGAAGGACUACUUGGGGAGCUGCCAGGUCCAGAAGGGCUGCUGGGUGAACCACCUGGUCCAGAUGGACUGCUGGGUGAACCACCAGGUCCAGAAGGACUACUCGGGGAGCCACCAGGUCCAGAGGGACUGCUGGGCGAACCACCUGGGCCAGAUGGACUGCUGGGUGAACCACUAGGCUCCUUAGUUGUUGUUUUAGCUGCAAAUAUAAAUAUUUUAAUAUCAAAACAAGUCUUGAAUUUUAUGUUAUCCAUAUCAUGAUCAUUAGCCAUAUAAAUACCCAACUUUAUUUUUAUAAAAAUAAAAAACAAUAUUUUUAUCAACCGCAGCGAGACUUUUCGUUGAUUAUCAACAUAAAAUAAAUCGUGUUAGUUACACCAUCUAUCAUUCAUUUUAGACAAUUAUUAAAAAAACGUGAAUACGAAAUCACGUGGAAAGAAUAAAUACUAUAAAUAGAUACUUGGUAAAUUUAGAAAGAAAGAAAGAAAAUAUAUUUAUUACUACAUUAUGCCACACAUCACAAUUAUUUAAGAAUAAUACCCUGCGAUAUGUGGCAUAACCUAGAAAAAGGUCCUAGCUCAGAUAUUGCUAUAUGCUCCCC